UAUUCCACUGGAGCGCGCUGGUCCAAAAUGACCGAUCCAGCUGGGCGGUCAGCCCCGGGGGAGAUCAACGAGCUCCUGGUCUGGGAACAGCCGCACCCGCUCGUAUUCGCCGAGUACGAAUAUCGCGCAACCCACUCGAGGGCGACGCUGGAGAAGUGGCACGACGUGGUGCAUGCGACGGCGGAUUGGAUGGCGGUCUAUGCCCACCGGAACGCGAGCACCGGCUUCUUCGAUCUAGGCCCACCGAUGUACGUCGUGAGUGAGGACACGAGCCCGAACGUGACGCGCAACCCGGCGUUCGAGUUGGCGUACUGGCGUUUCGGUCUAGACUACGCGAGCACCUGGUUGGAGAGGAUGGGGGAAGCGGUGCCGGCCGCUUGGACGGAGGUGAAGGACAACUUAGCCCCGCUCCCUAUCGAGGACGGGCUGUACGCAGUUUACGAGGGGAUCCCAAGUGACUUCUGGGAUACGCCGACGUUCACAAACGACCACCCCGCCAUGGUGGGCUUGUACGGCUGGUUGCCGCAGACUGCGAAUGUCAGUUUGACCAUGGCCAAGGCGACGGCGGAGAAGAUUUGGACGAGCUGGAACAUCAGCAACUGCUGGGGAUGGGACUUCCCCAUGCUGGCGAUGUCCGCAGCGCGAAACGGAGAGACUGAAAAGGCGAUAGAAUGGCUGCUCCACCCGCUGUUCGAAUUCGACGACGUCGGGAUGCCUGUAGGCGGCGUGCGCGUUCCGACUCCGUAUUUCCCGGGUUCCGGGUCGCUGCUGUAUGCUAUGGCGAUGAUGGCCGAGGGAUGGGACGGAAGUAAGGGCACUGCACCGGGAUUUCCGAAAGCGGGGUGGGAGGUACGCACGGAGGGGAUGAGCAAAGCGAUGUGA